UGGCGGCGGCGCCCGCACUCCUCCCGGAGCCAAGGAGACGAGCGCCUGUCUCCUCCGCGCGCAGCACCCCCAACCUGUUCCCCGCGCGCAGUGGCGCUGCCGCCCGCGAUUCGCCGCCCGACAUGGAUUUCCUCCUGGCGCUGGUGCUCGGCUCCUCGUUCUACCUGCAGGCGGCCGCCGAGUUCGACGUGAGGUGGCCCAGGCAAAUAGUGUCUUCAAUUGGCCUGUGUCGUUAUGGUGGGAGAAUUGACUGCUGCUGGGGCUGGGCCCGCCGGUCCUGGGGACAGUGUCAGCCUUUCUACGUCUUAAGACAGAGACUAGCCAGGAUAAGGUGCCAGCUCAAAGCUGUCUGCCAGCCACAGUGCAAACAUGGUGAAUGUAUUGGACCCGACAAGUGCAAAUGUCAUCCCGGUUAUGCUGGAAAGACCUGCAAUCAAGAUGAACACUUCUACCCAACUCCUCUUGACAAAGGCAGUGAACAGCCUCUUUUCCAACCCCUGGAUCAUCAAGCCACAAGUUUGCCUUCAAGGGAUCUAAAUGAGUGUGGCCUGAAGCCGCGGCCGUGCAAGCACAGGUGCAUGAACACUUACGGCAGCUACAAGUGCUACUGUCUCAACGGAUACAUGCUCAUGCCGGAUGGGUCCUGCUCAAGUGCCCUGACGUGCUCCAUGGCAAACUGUCAAUAUGGCUGUGAUGUUGUCAAAGGACAGAUAAGGUGCCAGUGCCCCUCUCCCGGCCUACAGCUGGCUCCUGAUGGGAGGACCUGUGUGGAUGUUGAUGAAUGUGUUACCGGAAGAGCCUCCUGCCCUCGUUUUAGGCAGUGUGUCAACACUUUUGGGAGCUACGUCUGCAAGUGUCAUAAAGGCUUUGACCUCAUGUACAUUGGAGGCAAAUACCAAUGUCACGAUAUAGAUGAAUGCUCCCUUGGUCAGUAUCAGUGCAGCCGCUUUGCUCGAUGUUACAACGUACACGGGUCCUACAAGUGUAAAUGUAAAGAUGGAUACGAGGGUGAUGGACUGAAUUGUGUGUAUAUUCCAAAAGUCAUGAUUGAACCUUCAGGUCCAAUUCAUGUACCAAAGGGAAACGGUACCAUUUCAAAGGGUGAUGGAGGACAUAGUAACUGGAUUCCUGAUGUUGGAGGUACUAGGUGGCCUCUGAAGACACCAUAUGUUCCUCCUGUUAUUACCAACAGGCCCACUUCAAAGCCAACAACAAGACCUGCACCCAGGCCAACGCCAGAGCCGACCCCACCCCCAUUCACAGAACUCGGAACUUUACCACCUGCCACAAGCCCGGAAAGCACAGGCACCCAGCUGACACCCGUAGUGCCCGUUGUCACCACCUCUCCGCGAUGGAUCACAGUUGACAACAGGAUACAGACAGAUCCUCAGAAACCCAGAGGAGAUGUGUUCAUUCCACGACAGCCUUCAAACGACUUGUUUGAAAUAUUUGAAAUUGAAAGGGGAGUCAGUGCAGAUGAUGAAGCAAAGGAUGAUCCAGGUGUUCUGAUACACAGUUGUAACUUUGACCAUGGGCUUUGUGGAUGGAUCCGGGAAAAAGACAGUGACUUGCACUGGGAACCAGUGAGAGAUCCAACAGGUGGACAGUAUCUGACAGUGUCGGGAGCCAAAGGCCCAGGGGGAAAAGCCGCUCGCUUGGUGCUACCUCUUGGCCACCUCAUGCAUUCAGGGGACCUGUGCCUGUCGUUCAGGCACAAGGUGACGGGGCUGCACUCCGGCGCGCUCCAGGUGUUUGCGAGAAAACAUGGUGCCCACGGAGCAGCCCUGUGGGGCAGGAAUGGUGGCCGUGGCUGGAGGCACACACACAUCACCUUGCGAGGGGCUGACGUCAAGAGCGUCAUCUUCAGAGGUGAGAAAAGGCGUGGCCACACGGGGGAGAUCGGAUUGGAUGAUGUGAGCCUGAGAAAAGGCCACUGCUCUGAAGAACGCGAGCGGCUUCUGAACUAGCAGUGAAUCCCCUGUUGCUCUUUUCUGUUUCCAGUCUUCACCUCCUGUCCUCUCCUCCCUCUUAUCAGGCCUGGGAGAAGAACGGGUCAGUGGGUCAGGAGAAAGUCUGAUGGGGGACCCACACCCGUGGCCUGCUUUUGUGCAAUUCCAGCGAACGGUGACACCCUCUUUGAAAUACGCGGGGCCCCUGCAGACGCAUCCAAGCCAGCUUGGGUGUUACCUUCCAGCCUGUGGCUCUUUUAGGAAGGCCUUUGGUGCGUGCGCUAUCUUCCGUCCUAGUUAGGAGGCGUUUGCAGUAGUAGCAAAUGAUGCGAGAUGUUUUCAAAAGAAAUCAUGCAAAUGGCCACUCUGUUAUCUGUUCAGUGUUGUACCAUGAGUAGUGUUGAUUUCCUUUAAGCUAUGUUGUAGAAAGUGCUUGUGAAGUUGGUUUCUCCCCUUCCCUUGUUAGCUCUGGCCUCACCUGAACUCUGACUUCUACUGCCAUUCACUUUAUAAAAGAAGGGUGUGUAACCUAUCAAGAUGCA